CACACCCCUCGUGGUAUCUAGGCUCUCCGGAGGGAGUGCCGUCCCGUCCAGACAAGGCAAGGCCCCGGAGAGCCCGGCGGAGGUGGAUUGGGAUCCGCCCCUGGCCCGCUCGAUCCUGAUCGAUUGCCGUUCAGCCUGGCUACGGAUAAUAGAAUGAUUCGAAUCUGAUUGAUCAUCUGGCUAUUGCUAACUACUAGUUGCUACUGCCCUGCCUGCACCUGCUCCGCACGGGUGGGGGAAGAUGACAGCGCUCUCUGACAGGUCGACCCAUGGAUGAGGAUCGUAUCCCAAUGCAACCUCGGGGACUUCCCCUCACGACCGUCCCGUCCAUAUAGGAACGCCGCAUCCCCUGCCGGCUGCCUCCUUUGCCCUCCUCUGCUCAUUCCCACCUGCCCAGUCCAGUCCUCUCCUGUUUCCGUCUUUCUCCCUGUCUUUCACCAUGUCUGAAUCCACCCAUCCCGGCAAGCCCGCCGUCAUCGAGAACCGCCUCUUCAUCAACGGCGAGUUCGUCCCCUCCCGCUCCGGCAAGAAGUUCGACCUGUACAACCCGGCCACGGAGGCUCUGAGCGCCUCCGUCUACGAGGCUGACGGCGAGGAUGUCGACCGGGCCGUCGCGGCAGCCAAGGCGGCCUUCCCCGCGUGGUCCGAGCUGGGCGGAAUGCAGCGAGCCGUCUACCUGAACAGGUGGGCAGACCUGCUGGAGAAGAACCUGGCGGAGAUCUCAUAUCUGGAUGCCAUCUGUAUGGGCAAGCCCGCGUAUAACGAUGCCAUUGCCCACUACAUCCCCACGAUCGUGCGCUUCUUCGCCGCGAAAGCCUUCGACGUGACGGGCGAAUCGUCGCUCAACACCCCCGACUUCAUCAACAUCAGCCUGCGCCAGCCCUUCGGGGUGUGCGGCGCCAUCAUCCCCUGGAACGGGCCCUGCGUGAUGCUCGUGCAGAAGGCCGCGGGGGCGCUGAUCACGGGCAACACCCUCGUGAUGAAAUCGUCCGAGAAGGCGCCUCUCAGCUGCCUCGUGGCCGCCCGAUGUGCCCGCGAAGCCGGCCUUCCCGCGGGCGUCUUCAACCUGCUCAACGGCUACGGCCGGCCCUGCGGCGAAGCCAUCGCGCGGCACCUCGAGAUCCGCAAGAUCUCCUUCACGGGGUCCACCCUCACCGGCAAGGCCAUCCAGCGCAUGGCCGCGGAAUCGAACCUGAAAAGCGUCACCCUGGAGCUGGGCGGCAAAUCGCCGCUGGUGAUCUGGGACGACGCCGACCUGGCCAAGGCCGUGCCCGCCGCGGCGACCUCCAUCCUGCUCAACACGGGGCAGGCCUGCUUCGCCAGCUCGCGCAUCUACGUGCACCAACGCAUCGCGCCGGACUUCCUCGACCGGCUGACGAGCGCGAUGACGGCGCACGGGGCCAGCGGCGACCCGCUCGCGCGCGACACCACCCGGGGCCCCCAGGCGGACAAGCAGCAGUUCGAGCGGGUCAUGUCGUAUCUCUCCCUCGCCCGCGACGGCCACAUCACCACGCCCCUGGGCGGCACCCGCGGCCCGGAACCGGGCUACUUCAUCGCGCCGACCAUCCUGACGGACGUCCCGGAGACCUCGAGGCUCAUGAAAGAGGAGAUCUUCGGCCCGGUGGUGAUCGUGAACACCUUCCACGACGAGGACGAGGUGAUGCAGAAAGCGAACGACACCGAGUACGGGCUGUACGCGAGCGUGUUCACGCGCGAUCUGGGGCGGGCGUUGCGGGCGGCCAAGCGGCUGGAGGCGGGCACAGUGGGGGUCAACUGCACGAGUCCGACCCUGGCGUUCGACAUGCCGUUUGGGGGUCGAUAUGCGAGUGAUUAUUGGACCGAGUUGAAGUCGGUGUUGAUUUCGUUGUAG